UCGGGCUGAGCCCAGCUCCUGAGCCUCUGUCCAGCUGCGCCCGAAGUCGUCUUCCCUUGGGACUGCCGCGGGGGUCGCGCUCCAGCGCCAUGUCCCGGCUGCUGCCGCUGCUGGGGAGCCGGACGGCGCGCAGCCUGAGGCCGGGCCCAGCCGCCGCGCCCCGCCCUCCGUCCUGGUGCAGCUGUGGCCGGGGGCUGCUGGCACUCGGGGUCCCCGGCGGUCCCCGGCUUCUGGGCACACAUCCCAAGAAGGAGCCUAUGGAGGCGCUGAACACGGCGCAGGGCGCGCGCGACUUCAUCUACAGCCUGCACUCCACCGAGAGGAGCUGCUUGCUUAAAGAGCUGCACCGCUUCGAGUCUAUUGCCAUCGCCCAAGCAUGCAGAUUUCCCAAACCCGAGAUGGUCAUUGUGAAGCGUGCGAAGGAGGUGUCAGCAGCAGAGAGCCCUGAUAGCUUUGAAAAAUUGGAAGCUCUACCACCCACUCCAGGACAGCUGAGAUAUGUAUUCUUCCACAAUGCGAUACCUUUCGUAGGGUUUGGCUUUUUGGAUAAUGCAAUUAUGAUUGUUGCAGGAACCCAGAUCGAAUUGUCUAUUGGAAUUAUUUUGGGAAUUUCAACAAUGGCAGCUGCUGCUUUGGGAAAUCUUGUCUCAGAUUUAGCUGGACUUGGCCUUGCAGGUUAUGUUGAGGCCUUGGCUUCCAGGUUAGGCCUCUCAAUUCCUGAUCUUACACCAAAGCAAGUUGACAUGUGGCAAACGCGUGUUAGCACACAUUUGGGCAAGGCUGUUGGGGUGACUAUUGGCUGCAUUCUAGGAAUGUUCCCUUUGAUUUUCUUUGGCGGAGGUGAAGAAGAUGAAAAACUGGAAACGACGAAUUAAUCAUCUUAGGACACCUAUAAAAAGAUGUAAACUAAUGUACCUCAGUCGUUAAAAAUACUGUCACAACAUUUAGCAGUGAAGACAGUAACAGUGUAUAGAUAUGGGAUCAAAUAAUUCAGCAUGUAUUAUGGAAACACUAACUUAUUGUGGCUUGGUCUUCUUAAGACAUCUUUUUAAAAACUAUUUAGUAUCAUUUUAUGUAAAUUGUUGAGAUGCUUUUCAUCAAUGGAAGUCAACAUGUUAUCAUCUUUCUCUCUGUGGAUCGACAUAUUGUUUAACUUUCAGUCAUCAAUACUGGACUGUACUGACUCGGGGCUUGCCUGUUUGUUACGUAACAUGUACACGCAUGGGAAUACCUAUUUAUGUUGCUAUUUUUUUUCCCUGAUGGUUAUAAGUCAGUGCUAGGGUUUCUCCAAUUAUUUAAGAUGUUUAAUAUCAGUUAACUAUUUUUAACUCCCUGUCUGGUAGCGUCACUUCUGUGCUAUUUUACAGUAAACAUUUACAAUCAUGUAAAUUCACUCAUUUUUUAAAACGUUCACAUUGAUGCAAAAUGAAGCAGUGUUUUAAGUACACCCGAUUCAUUUUCAUUUUGAACCACGCUGUCUUAAGAGGCAGAGGUUAAUUAGAAAGAUCAAUUAUCUGGCCUCCCUUUUACACAAACCAUACAUGCUGACAAGUGUACUUAUUUCUUGUUGGCUUUAUGCCUUUAAUUUCCCAACUUUGAACAAUGACACAGAAAGUUCCAGUUUGUGGAAGCAAAGGUAUGCUUCGAUGCUUUACCGUCUUUUAAAAUGGGAUUAAGAGAGUGGGGUGAGCUGAGGAAUUUGAGAUGAUGUAAGGCUAAAAAAAAAUUUUUUUUUUUUUUUAAAGUAAAAAGAU